AUGGCAGAAGCAGUGCAUGUGGACCGUCUCGAUGCUCACUCCACGGCAGUUGUUAAGGCGAAGACCGGUACAGGCAGUAUAUCCGGCAUCCUCUUCACAAUGACACCAGGCAUACAGGGUGUAGUAUUGGCGGCACAUGGUGACGAUGAUCAAAUCAACUCAGUGUCAAAGAAGAACUUGGAAACUGGUGCAGGUAAGAUGGUCGAGAUCGGAGCCGGCAGAUGGGACUGGAUUUUGUUUUUUGUUGAAAGGAUGUCGGGUGACGGUGAUAUUUCUGUUUGGCGAUGGAAACGACCGUAUGUGUAG